AUGUUCUUCUUUAAAAAGUCCAAAAGAGGACGAGAUAGAGAUAGUCAGGAAACCAGACUCGAGCUUACGCAAAGAGAAGAUGUGCCAUCAAAAAUGGGAAGGAGAAAAGGGAGACGAAAGGCUGCUCGACGGAGCCGAGGAAAAACCAUUGAGGAGGGCUCAAAGAGAGUUGUGCGGAAACGAACAGGAAUGACUGUAGAGGAAGAGCCUUCAGUACAGCAGAGGGCGUCAUCUGCACAAUCUUCAGCUCAGGGAGGGGUACGGCGCAGCUCAGAAGAUGUAUCACGUCGUGCUUCAAAAGCAGCAAAACGAGCGCAGGUUAAAGUAUUCGUAGAGGAGACAUUCAGAAAGGGUGUGAAAGGACUUAUAGCAGAAUUUAAAUCUAUGAAACGUAUGAAUGACUUCACAAAGAUGACUGAAUUUGUUGCUCAAAAUGCUGAAGGAAGGAAUCGAUACAAGGAUGUCGGUUGCUUGGAUAACGACCGCGUCAUCAUACGGAUAGGUCCCGUCUCUUAUAUCCAUGCAAAUUAUGUGUCUUCCCCAACUAAUCCAAAACGAUUCAUUUGUACACAGGCGCCACUUCCAAAAACUUGCCCUGAUUUUUGGUAUAUGGUCGUGCAAGAAAAAUCGGUGGCAAUCCUAAUGCUGUGUAAUUUUAUUGAGCAGAAUGCGAAGAAAUGUGCUGAAUAUUUUCCUGUCGACGAAGAUAGGCCGGUUACUUUUGAGGGUGUCACCGUAUCAUUGAAAAAGCAAGAGCCGUUCCCAUUCCCUUUUGAAACUCGAAUUCGAAUACUCGUACGCACAUUGGAGGUGAGUGUGCCAGGUCAACCUAUGCACACUUGCAUGCAUUAUCAUUGGCAAGACUGGCCGGAUCGUGGUGUACCGGAUGCGGAUUUGGCACCGAUUGUGCUACUUGCCAGGCUUAAAGAGAAUACCGCACCUAUCAUCGUGCAUUGCUCUGCCGGUAUUGGUCGAACCGGAUCAAUAGUAUUGAUCCAACACGCUAUGGAAUUAUUGCAUUUACCAGCACCAUUGCUUGAAAUUUCCACCUACUUAGUGGAAUUACGCAAACAACGCAACAAUAGUAUACAGACCGAACAUCAGUACCUAUAUAUACAUCAGGUACUACUGUUGUAUUUAAAGAAGACGAAAUAUCUUGAUGAAAGUGUUACGCCAUAUCUUGAGGCGUUCACAAGAGAUUACAUCAAUGCCACCAAAGGAUUCUAA